AUGGCGAGCAUGACCAGAGGACCAGAGACCCGUUUGGUUUACUUCACAGUCUUUUGGUUAUCUGGAGAGUUAGUGGGAGCUAACGGAUUGCUACCACAGACAGAAGGUGGUGGUAAAGUAUGCUGCGGAGGAGGGGCUUCCAAUCCAUGUCCCAAUGAACUGGCUUCCAGGAAGAAGUGCGGUCCUGGGGAAAGCCAUUCUAACCCACGGUGUGAUGCAUGCCGGCCAGUCCCAGAAUGCCAGAGAGGGGAGGAGCUGCAUUGCUCAGGUACCAAUGACUUUAGCUUUUUCUGCAAAGAGUGUCCCCUUGGAACCUACUCGGAUGGGAAGACCGGCUGUUGCAGGGCUUGGACAGACUGCACCAGCAACGGAUUGCAAACUGUCCAGCAAGGGAACCAUACCCACAAUGCACAGUGUGGCAUUGUUCUUUCCACUGUGGAAACAGAUUCCUUGUUCACCAGUAUCCUGGCUAUUGUGACAGCGGCAGGUAUAUUCCUGAUCAUUCUGAUGAUGUUCUUCUUACUCCUCUGCAUGUGGGUGCAGAAGAGGGAAAAGCUUCCCGAUAUGGAAGACACCGAAGCCGUCGAUGCUUCUAACCUGCUGCAGGCUCCACAACAACCUGAGGAUACCUUCAGUUGCCAGUACCCCGAGGAAGAACAAGGGCAUAAAACGGCAGGAGAAAAGGACUCGAUGCCGUUCUUGGCACACUGA